CCUCUCUCCGCGGGCCGCGGGUAAAACGCCGGCGGCGAAGGGCGCGCGAAGGGCCGCCAGCCGGGCGGCGUUGGCUCUGGCGUCGGGGUCGUUGCGGCGUGACAGCGACGCCCGGAGCCGUUUCCGCGACACCAGGGGCGGCUGCUUUCGCUGCGAGCGGGCUCUGCGGCCGCCUGGCGGGUCUCUGCUAAGCGCCCGACCCUUCUCUUCCCGGACCUCACGCCAGCAGCGACCCUGAGCCGACAGCCGGAGCUACCGGCAAUGGCGGCCUCGACGGCCUCGCACCGGCCCAUCAAGGGGAUCCUGAAGAACAAGACCUCCUCGACUUCCUCUAGGGUGGCCUCGGCCGAGCAGCCCCGCGGGAGUGUGGACGAGGAGCUGAGUAAAAAAUCGCAGAAGUGGGAUGAAAUGAACAUCCUGGCAACUUAUCAUCCAGCAGACAAAGACUAUGGUUUAAUGAAAAUAGAUGAACCAAGCACUCCUUACCAUAGUCUGAUAGGUGAUGAUGAUGAUGCAUACAGCGACACAGAAACCACUGACGCCAUGACUCCAGACACCUUAGCUAAGAAAUUGGCUGCGGCUGAAGGCUCAGAGCCAAAGUAUCGGAUUCGGGAACAGGAAAGCAGUGGAGAGGAGGAUAGUGACCUCUCACCCGAAGAACGAGAAAAAAAGCGACAAUUUGAAAUGAAAAGGAAGCUUCACUACAAUGAAGGACUAAAUAUUAAAUUAGCUAGACAGUUAAUUUCGAAAGACCUACAUGAUGAUGAGGAAGAUGAAGAAAUGUCGGAGGCUGCAGAUGGAGAAAGCAUGAAUACAGAAGAAUCAAAUCAAGGAUCUACUCCAAGUGACCAGCGACAAAACAAAUCACAGAGUUCAUAGAAGAGAUUUCUUCAGCCUUGCAGUUGUUUGUCAAAUACAAACCCUGUUACUAUGAUACACUGCUUCUUGUUCUCCAUAAUUCAUGACUUGAGUACCAAAAUACAUACCAGUUACUAUAUAUUGCCAAGAAUUAAAUGAUAACCUUAGAGACUGAUUAGCUGGAAAAUGCCUAACUGAUACAUAUAUCCUUGUGCCUAGUCCUACACCACAAAUACAGCGUAAUGUCAUCAGUCCCAAACUGCAUUACUUUUGUAAGAACACUGGUUAAUUUGUAUAAGAUAUUAUAUAGCUUUUUAUGCUUUAGAGGUUAAAUAGUGUCUUUUGGGGGAGAAGGGGAACUAAUUUAUUUUCAUCACUUCUAGAUGUAGUAGCUCUUAUGAAAAGUUUGUUGUGUUUGUGUGUGUGUGUGUGUGU